AUGAGUCCGCACAAGAUCGAUCUCCCGCCUUCAGCUGCAGCGUUCGGCUCAUAUGGAAUCUCCCACAAUGGCUUCUUACCCGCCGAAUCUCCGUGUCAAUGUCUUUCGGAUAUUUAUUAUAAACCUUGGGAAGAUAUCGCAGACUGUCUACCAGAGCUGAUCGCGACACUACAAGCUCGGGCACACAUUGACAAGCUACCGACUCUAGCAACAACCAGUCUCCUCGACGAGUCAGAGUGGCAGAGAGCGUUCCUAUUACUGUCCGCUUUUGCUCAGGUCUACAUAUGGGCUGGUCAGAAGCCAAUCGAGCGACUCCCGCCAGCGAUCAGUAUUCCUCUGCUGGCGGCUGCUUCACAUCUAGAGCUUCAGCCAGUGGCAUCAUAUGCUGCACUCAAUCUCUGGAACUGGGCACCAUGUUCGGAAGGAGUCGACUUGACCCAACCGGGCAACUUGCGAGCCCUUAUCACGUUCACUGGCACAGAGGAUGAGUCGUGGUUCUUCAUCGUCUCCAACGCGAUGGAGGCACGUGCUGCACCUGUGAUCACGGCAAUGUUAGCUGCGCUCAAGGCUAUCGAUGACGAAGAUUCGGAGGUGGUCAUUGAAAGCUUGUCAUUUCUGAGCCAGAGCCUGUUGGAGAUCGCAAGUUUGCUUGAGCGCAUGGACGAGCGCUGUGACCCUCAGGUAUUCUACCAUCGGAUCCGUCCUUUCCUAGCCGGAAGUCUGAAUGAUCACCUACCGAAGGGUGUCUUUUAUGACGAGGGCAACGGGAAUGGAGCCUGGCGAAAAUACAGGGGCGGGAGCAAUGGGCAAAGCUCGCUGAUACAAUUUUUUGAUGCGAUCCUUGGUGUUGUCCAUGAAAAGACAAUCGUCUUCCAUGAGGAGAUGAGAACGUACAUGCCUGGGCCUCACGCGAAGUUCAUCCGAGACAUGAUCGCAACAUCGCAGCUACGCCGAUACGUGGAAGCCAAUCGGGAAAACACACAACUUUUCGAGGCAUACAACGACGCUGUUGCCAGCCUCAGUGCCUUCCGAGACAAACACAUUCAGCUUGUCACGAGAUAUAUCAUCGUCCCCAGCAGAACGCCAAAUUCGUUUGCAAAGAUGAAGGACGUUGAUCUCGCUGCCAAGCUCACGAGAACUACGAACAAUGCGAAACAAGAGCUUAUUGGCACCGGAGGAACCACACUCGUGCCAUUUCUGCAGCAAUCGAGGGACGAGACAAAGGCGGCGGCUGUUGCUGCGUAG